ACUACAUAGAGGUGAUGGUUGCACAACGCUGUGAAUGUACUAAGUGCCACUGGACUGUUCACUUUAAAUGGCGAGUUUUCUGCAGAUUUUUGUGGACCCUCCGUGUCCGUCCGUGGCAGCCACCCAGGAGACGGAGGGUGGUGAGGGGACGUGACCCCCAGGCCUCCAGCCUCGACGACCCGGGGAACGCAGCGUUCCCACUGGACUCCAACGAAGCCUGCCAGCUGGCGCGAGCAUAAACAAGGUCCGCCACGGGCUGUCCCCUAUGACUCUGUCGCCUACUCGCCCCUCGGGCCAGUGGCCUCCUUAUCUCUAGACAGGGACCCGGUCUGAAUGGAGGGAGGCUGGCCCAGCCUCUGAGCAGCUGCAGUUGGGUGGGACAGGGUGGUGGUGGGCGCAGCCGUGUUACUGGGCACUUGAGUGCCCGGAGUGUCCGGGGGAGCCUCUGGACCCCGGUCGCCAGGCCACAACCCCCCCGCACAGAGGCUGAGCCUGACACUCGGGGGGAGGCGGGUCUCCCACAGCCAGUGGGUGUGUGCUGGGGGUAGGGGAGGCCAGGACUGUUCCUCCAGUGGGAGCCUUGCUUGUACCUCUUGCCCGCAGGUGCCCUGUCACACUUUACACCCCCCAUGACCUCCCUUGCACAGCCACCCACCUCUCUGCUGCCAGGAACCUGGAAGCACGCACAGGGGUCAGUGCCCAGGGCAGGGAGUGCUGAGCAGUGGAGGAAGGUCUGGGUGCCCCGGGGGAAGGGUGUUCCUGGGGCACCUCCUGCCCCUCUACUAUCUCGUGGCCGGACCUCACCUCAGCCCUCCCUGCCCUACACCUCAGCACCCCAAUUCCCUGCCCAAGCCUUCAAGGAGUCCCCAGGCUGGGGCAGCUGGAGCCAAGCACAGGCACUCCCAGUGCUGUGGGGUCAGGCCAGGGCUGGAGGAGAGGAUGGGGGUUGGGAACACCCAGCUGAGCCUGGAAACGUAAUGUCAGAGAAGGCUUCCUGCAGGAGGGGCUUUUUGAGUAGGGUUUUGAAGAAUGAAUAGAAGUUUCCCAUUUAAGGACGAGUAAUUGCAAAAACACCCAGUUUAUCACAUAGCUACUAUGUGCCUGGCCCUGUCCUUUACACCUCAUUUGACCUUCUCUCCAGGGAAAGUGUUGGCCCUUGUUUUCCAGAUGAAGAAACGGAGGUGUGAUAGAGAGGAAUGACUUGGCCAAGGAUGCACUUUCUGGCCCUUCCUCCUCUGCUUCCUUUGCUUUUCAGCAUCUGCAGCCUUUGAUCCUAACCAGAGAGGGGACAGAGGGAAUCCCAUGGGGGAAGAUGGCCACCUCAUAAACUCUUGCUGUGGAAUUUAGCACACAGUAAUAAGUCUUUUUUUUGACAAAAUCAUUCUAUUCUUCCUACCAGCCCGCCAAGCUGGGAUGAUGUCCCCAUUUCAGGGAAGAGGAUACUGAGGCUCAGAGAGGCUCCCUGGGGGGAGAGGUUUCCCCACCUUCCCCAGGAGCACCCCCUCCCUCAAAUCCCUCCCCGGAAAAGCAGCCCAAGACCCUGCCCAGCUGUGGUCCCUGGAGUGUUUACUUUGCACCCACGGCGGGCGGGACCAGGCAGGCGGGGGCGGACAAAGUCCGGGGGGACUAUAAAGGCCAGUCCAGCAGCAGCGUCGCGUCAGUCCCGGCUCAGAGCUGAAGUAGCACAGCCAUGCGCCACUUUCCGAUGCUGCUCCUGUCGUGGCUGCUCUUGUGGCUGCCUCCGGGAGGCGCCCUACCUCUCACCCAGGACCACUCCCCGGCCUUCCUGGGACCCUCAGGCGGGCACUCCAGUCUCGAUGUCUCUAGAUUCCGGGAGUUGCGGGAACGCUACGAGCACCUGCAGGCCAGGCUGCUGUUGAACCAGACCCAGGAAGACUGGAACGCCGACCCCAUCCCGGUUGAUCAUGUCCGGAUGCUCACCCCGAAGCUGCGGCUUGGGCCCGAUGGCCACCUGCGCCUGCACGCCCUCCGGGCCGACCUGACCGAGGGGCUCCCUGCCGGCUCCCGCCUGCGCCAGGCCCUGCUCCGGCUGUCCCCGCAGGCGCCAGGCUCGUGGGACCUGACGCGGCAGCUGCAGCGCCAGCUCCGCCUCGGCGGCCCCGCGGCUCCCGCGCUCAGCCUGCGCCUGCCGCGGCGGGGGGGCCCGUCGCCCGAGGCGCUGCGCGCCGCACAGCCCCGGCUCGAGCUGCGCUGGUGGCCCCCCGCUGCCAGGGGGCGCCGCGGCGCGCAUGCGCACGCCCGGGACGCGUGCCCGCUCGGGGAGGGGCGCUGCUGCCGCUUGCUGAGCCUGCGCGCGUCGAUCGAAGACCUAGGCUGGGCCGACUGGGUGGUGGCGCCGCGCGAGCUGGACGUGCGCAUGUGCGUCGGCGCCUGCCCGGGCCGGUUCCGGUCGGCGAGCAGGCACGCGGAGGCACAGGCGCGGCUGCACGGCCUGAAGCCCGCCGCCGCGCCUGCGCCGUGCUGCGUGCCCGCCGGCUACGCGCCCGUGGUGCUGCUGCACCGGGCCGCCGACGGCCGCGUGGCGCUCACGCCCUUCGACGACCUCGUGGCCGCCGGCUGCCACUGCCAGUGAGCGGCUCGGCCUCCGCUCGCGGCGCGCGCGCCGCGGACGCACCUUAGGGGCCUUGCCUGUCGAACGGGCUCGCGGGACCCGGGUCCCCCUUCCUGACCUCCGCCGUCCACUCCCUCCUGCCCAAACGGUUGUAUUUAUGUUUGUAUUUAUUAUUAAUUUAUUGGGGUGACCUGCCUGGGGACUGGAGGGCUGGCCUGGCAGGGUGCGUUUAUUUAAAACUCAGUCAAUAAAAAUGGAGCUGUCGGACCUGACCCUUGUGGUGGCCGUGAUGGAGCUGGUGACCUAGGGAAGGGCCCGCCCCUCCCUGGCCUGAUGCCGCAGGGCACCUGGUACCGGGGCGAGGGCGGUGGGUCAGGGACCGGAUGGCAGGGCGUUCUCGGGGACGCCGGGCGUUGGCUGGCCUUCGUGACUCCAGUGGUCUCAGGGGCAGCCCAGGACGUCCCUCGCUAUCGCCAUGCUUCGCUACUUCCCUGCUCCCGUUCAUGAUUCUGAGACCCUUCCGGCUCUCAGCAACCUUCCAGCCCUCCUCAUCUCUCAGGACUCCUGUUUCUGUAAUUAUCUGGCCCUGACUCUCUAGCACGGUCCUGCUGCUGUCUCUCUCCACGCUGGAGUCACCUUUCCAAACACAGCAGCCCAUCUGCUCACGCGCAUCUGCAAUCAAGUCACGGCCAUCUGCAAUCAAGCGCGCUGACUGUGAUGGCGGCCCCUGAUUAGAAGAGUCCCAUCGCCCCUCCUGUUUGUGGCACCUCCCUCCAUGUUAAUGGUGUCUCUGUUCUUUCAUAUAAAAAGAGCAGGGAGAAAUAAGCAAGUUGUGAAGAACAUUUUCAUGCACACUGCAUCUCCCUGGUUGUAAAUUCUUCCUACUCAGGAUCUUGGAGUUGUUGAGAUGUGCUGAGUCCAGGCCCCUCCUCACACCCACCCGCCCGUCCACCCUGAGAGUGUCUGAGAGGAACUGUUAGGAGAAUCCACUUCCAGCAGUGAGUGAGGUGUGUCCCCUGUGAACACCACCACCCAGAGGCAGCCCUGAAUGACUGUAGGUGCCCCCGAAUGUAUUCACUGAGUGCCCACUUUGUGCCAGGUGUGGCUGUACACUGAGAAUACAGGAGUCAUGAGACAGGCAGAAACCAUCCCACUUGAGCAUGGUCGAAUGAGGGAGACAAAUGAGCACAAAGACAAAUCAUUAAAAAAGCAGCAACUGUAGUACGAAUUGUGCCCAGGAGUCAUCCUGGCCAACGCACUCGUGAACGAGGCAGAGGGGAUUCAGCUGAUCGGGGAGGAGGCCUCCCUGAGGAGGUGACAUCUGAACCGAGAAGUGCAGGAAGGAUGGAACUUGAGGGGGAGAGCUGGGGGAUGGGCAUCUGAGGCAGAAA